UCUGCGCUGCGCAGGAACCGCUUUGGACCGCGUAGCCGUGGGGGUGCACACGCCUCCCGUUGUUGCCUUCCUCGCCCUCUGCUGCCACCUCCGGAGGCCCAGCUCGGCUCGCUUUGGAGGUGCAGGAGAACAGCUCCCCAUUUCCACCCAACUGUUGAACCAACUGUUGAACCACCGAACUGUUGAACUGUUCCACCCAACAUCUUCAAAAAAAGGAGCAUAUAUUGGAGGAAGAAGAUGGUUCUUUCCGAAGUGGAAAUCGCAAAACCCGAUUCAGCUUCUGCAUCUACCAAUCUGUUGCUAAAUGGAGAUAUUAGUAUGGCUAAGAAAACUCAGGCCCUGGGGACCGAGUACAACCUGUGCAACAAGUACGAGGAGAAGGUGCGCCCCUGCAUUGACCUCAUCGACUCCCUGCGGGCCCUGGGCGUGGAGCAGGACCUGGCCCUGCCGGCCAUCGCCGUCAUCGGGGACCAGAGCUCGGGCAAGAGCUCUGUGCUGGAGGCACUGUCUGGGGUCGCCCUUCCCAGAGGCACUGGCAUUGUGACAAGAUGUCCUCUGGUGCUGAAACUGAAAAAACUCAUGAACGAAGAUGAGUGGAGAGGCAAGGUCAGUUACCAGGAGGUCGAGAUGGAGAUUUCUGAUGCUUCGGAGGUGGAAAAGGAAGUCAGUAAAGCCCAGAACGUCAUCGCUGGGGAAGGGAUGGGGAUCAGUCAUGAGCUAAUCAGCCUGGAGAUCAGCUCCCCCCACGUCCCGGAUCUGACUCUCAUAGACCUUCCCGGCAUCACCAGGGUGGCUGUGGGCAAUCAGCCUGCUGACAUCGGGCGCCAGAUCAAGGCACUCAUCAAGAAAUACAUCAACAAGCAGGAGACAAUCAACUUGGUGGUGGUCCCCAGUAACGUGGACAUCGCCACCACAGAGGCGCUGAGCAUGGCUCAGGAGGUGGACCCCGAGGGGGACAGGACCAUAGGAAUCUUGACAAAGCCUGACCUGGUGGACAAAGGUACCGAAGACAAGGUGGUGGAUGUGGUACGCAACCUCGUGUGCCAUCUGAAGAAGGGCUACAUGAUCGUCAAGUGCCGGGGCCAGCAGGACAUCCAGGACCGGCUGAGCCUGGCCGAGGCCCUGCAGAGAGAGAAGGCCUUCUUCGAGGACCACGCCCAUUUCAGGAAUCUUCUGGAGGAAGGAAGGGCCACUGUUCCCUGCCUGGCAGAAAGACUGACCACGGAGCUCAUCAUGCACAUCUCCAAAUCUCUGCCUCUGUUAGAAAAUCAAAUUAAGGAAAGUCACCAGAAAAUAACAGAGGAGUUACAAAAAUUUGGUGUGGACAUACCAGAAGAUGAGAAUGAGAAAAUGUUCUUCUUGAUAGAUAAAAUUAAUGCAUUUAACCAGGACAUCCUUGCUUUAGUACAAGGGGAGGAAAUUGUCCAGGAGGAGGACACUCGGCUGUUUACCAAACUCCGCAAAGAGUUCUACAAAUGGAGUGCUUUAAUUGAAGACAAUUUCAAGAGAAGUUAUGAAAUUAUAAGUAGACAGGUCUGGAAAUUCGAAUGUCAGUAUCGUGGCAGAGAGCUGCCAGGAUUUGUGAAUUACAAGACGUUUGAGACUAUCGUCAAACAGCAAAUCAGUACCCUGGAAGAGCCGGCCAUCGAUAUGCUGCACAAGGUGACUGAUUUGGUCCGGAUGGCUUUCUCAGAUGUUUCGAUAAGGAAUUUUGAAGAAUUUUUUAACCUCCACAGAACUGCCAAGACCAAAAUCGAAGACAUUAGACUAGAGAAAGAGAAAGAAGCUGAGAAGUCGAUCCGACUUCACUUCCAGAUGGAGCAGAUCGUCUACUGCCAGGACCAGGUUUACAGGGGUGCGUUGCAGAAGGUCCGCGAGGAGGAGGUGGAAGAAGAGAAAACUAAAAAAUCACCGAGUUUUGGCUCUCUGAAACUUUCACAGAACUCCAAAGAUUCUUCUUCCAUGGAUGAAAUCUUUCAGCACCUGAUGGCCUACCACCAGGAGGUCAGCAAGCGCAUCUCCAACCACAUCCCUCUGACCAUCCAGUACUUCGUCCUCCAGAUGUACGGCCGGGAUCUGCAGAAGGGCAUGCUGCAGCUCCUGCAGGACAAGGACAGCUACGGCUGGCUCCUGAAGGAACGGAGCGACACCAGCGACAAGAGGAAGUUCCUGAAGGAGCGGCUAGCGCGGCUGGCACAAGCCCGGCGCCAGCUCGCCAAAUUCCCCGGUUAACCAGGCUCUCCGUCCAGCCCCGUAGACACGCCUUUCCCCGAUAGCUGCACCCUUAUCAUUCAGCCGCUGAACAGACACUGCGUUUGAGCGCUGUGGCCAGACCUGACUGCCACAGUCUCUGCUCCUCCAUCAGCUGAUGAGGACUUAGUGAGGCCCUGGUGGCAAUCUGAUCUCCAGCACUAAGACGAAAGCCCUUCCUGCGGACGCACAGGAUCUCGACCGGGUGAAAGAUGCCACUUUCCGAACUGGGAGAAAGUAUUUUCAACCCUUAGAUUCGCUUAUCCUCUCUGAACUCUCCUCUUUAACUUGUUAGAAAACGAUGCAUGCUAAGCAUCACUAGAAGGGUUAUUUCCUGGUUUUCCUAAUGUCCUUUCAGGAACCCAGUGUUUUCAGAGUGUCAGCACCACCUGUGUAUGCUUCUAGACGUCGCACCUGUUUGUAAUAAACUCAUUUCUAGCAGA